GGGAUUUCAUGGGGUUUCUUGGGGGUUUGUGGGGUUUCUUGAGGUUUCUUGGGGGUUUGUGGAGUUUCUGGGGUUUUGUGGAGGAUUUCACAGAGUUUGGGGGGUAUUUUAUGGGAUUUUAUGGCAUUUCUUCGGGGUUUGGGGAGAUUCCAUGGGAUUUCCUGGGGUUUCUUGGGGGUUUCAAAGAACCAUAGCAGAGCCUGGGUUGCAAAGGUCCUUAAAGACCAUGUAGUUCCACUCUCUGAUGCGGGCAGGGCUGCCAAUGAUGGGCCAGGCUGCCCGGCGCCGCAUCCAACCUGGCCAUGAACGCCCCCAGGGACAGAGCACCCAGCACCCCCUGGGCAACGCGUUCCUUGGAGUGAGGCGGCGAGAAGUUGCCGUCCAGUAAAGAUAAGAGCAGGACAGAUGUCUUGUUGGUAAAGAUAAGGACGCAGAGCACAUGCUUCACUCAAUGCCAGCAGGGGCCGAAUGGGACUACCUCCCCUUAAAGCUUAGAAGUGCACAGCGAGGAACACUCUGAGCCUUGGUGAGGAUGACGACUGGCCUUCAUCCACCAGAUGGGGCCCAGAGCUCCCCAUGCUUGAUACCCCACACUCAGCGGGGUGGGACGAUAUGGAACCGAUGUCUUAGAACACGCUGUGCCUAAGGAGCUGCAGCCACCACUGCCUCCGGGUGCACGUUGGGUGCAGCGAUUCCCCAUGCACCCAGCGCUGCAAUAACGGGAUUCCUACUUGACAUUCCUCCUUGGCAGGCCAAGUGACCCUGUCGGAUUUCCCAGCUUCACUACUUUCCAUCCUUGAGGUCCCCAACUUCCCCUCCUCCUGCCUGAAUGGGGCAGGGCGGGUGAUCACCCCCAUCCUGCAGCCCUCGCCUGCACCCCCCGCCUGCACUCCCUAUCUUCAUCCCCCAGCCUGCGCUAUCAGCAGCACCAAGUCUUUCUGCUGCACCACUCCCGUUGGCUGCGCUCCAUGGGCCCCCCCUUGUACGCACGGGGGGGUGAUGCUGGCCCUCCUCCCUCUGCCCACCCUCAUCACAACCACUGUGCUGCCCAAGGAGGUGGCUGGGACGGCUGCCUCGCUCCCCCCAGCAUCUUAGAGCUCCGCUGUGUGGGUUUUGGCUGCGAUUCAGACCCUCCACGAACGGAUCCUGGCCUGAGACUCCGCUGCAAAGCUGAUCCGCUCCAGCUCUCGUCUCCUGCAGCUUCUUCCCUCAUUUUCUUCACAAAACUUUUCCCCAUAUUCUGUCCCAUCCUUCUUCCCCAUCUUCUCCAUCAUCUCCUUCUCAGUCUCCUUCCUCUCUCUCCUUUCCCCAGCUCUUUCCCCCCUCCUCUUCUCCAGCACAGAUGCGCUCCAGAUCGGGCUGCAACCACCCCAGUUCCACCCCCCCCUGGAGGAGCCUCCUGCCUCAUCUCCUGGCUCUGCUCCUCCUCCACCCGGGAUCAGCCCAGAUCAGGGUGGUGGCACCCGGCUUCCCCAUCACUGCCAUCGUGGGACAGGACGUCGUGCUGCGCUGCCACUUGUCCCCUUGCAAGGAUGCUCGGAGCUUGGACAUCAGAUGGAUCCAGGACCGGUCCUCUGGGCUUGUGCACCACUACCAAGAUGGAUUGGACCUGGAGCAGAUGGAGGAAUAUAAAGGGAGGACAGAACUGCUCAGGAACGGUCUCUCUGAUGGAAACCUGGAUUUGCGCGUCACUGCCGUCACUUCCUCUGAUAGUGGCUCAUACACCUGUGCUGUGCAGGAUGGUGCAGACUAUGCAGAAGCUGUGGUGAACCUGGAGGUGUCAGAUCCCAUUUCCCAGAUCAUCCAUUCCUGGACAGUGGCUCUGGCUGUGGUCGUCACAAUUCUACUUGGGUCAUUUAUCAUCAUUGUUUUUCUCCAUCGGAAGCGAGCGGCACAGAGCAGAGAGCUGAAGACAAAAGAUGCAGAGUUGGGGAGAAAAGACGAAGAGUUGGUUAUUAAAGGUGCAGAGUUGGAGAGAAAAGACGCAGAGUUGGAGAGAAAAGAUGCAGAGUUGAAGACAAAAGAAGCAGAGUUGGGGCGAAAAAAUGCAGAGUUGGAGAGAAAAGAUGAAGAGUUGGGGAUAAAAGAUGCAGUGUUGGAGAGAAAAGAUGCAGAGUUGAGGAGAAAAGAUGCAGAGUUGGGGAUAAAAGAUGCAGAGUUGGAGAGAAAAGAUGCAGAGUUGGGGAUAAAAGAUGCAGAGUUGAGGAUAAAAGAUGCAGAGUUGGUGAGAAAAGAUGCAGAGUUGGAUAGAAAAGAUGCAGAGUUGAGGAGAAAAGAUGCAGAGUUGAAGAGAAGGGACAAGGAGUUGGUGGUAGAAACAAAGCAAUCGGGUGAGUCUUCCCCAAACCAAUGGAAUGUGGGGUUUCCCAUGGGAUGACAUGCUGUCCCACCUCAGCAUCCCCUGCUUUUGCUUUCUUUUCCAGAGGAAACAUCUGAAGAAUUGGAUUGAGAGAUGAACUGCGCCUCGCAAUAACCACAGGAGUUACGCUUACUGCAGGAGCUGAUUGCACUGGAUAACAACACCACCAUAAUGGGAAGCCAACAAGGAAAUCCACAACGGGAACAAGAGGAGGCAGAGUUUGCACUGAGUGAGAACACCUGCAUUGCACUGCUGGGACACAAAGCUGCCUGAGGGAACACCUAACUGAGGAUGCACCACCUCCAACUCCAAUCCAGUUGGAAGAAAGAAACCAUAGAGAGGAAGAAAACGGGUGGAGACAGAGAUCCUGGAAAAGGGUGGGACAUUUGGGGAAAUAGUAUGAUCAUGUGUCAGCCUUUGUGGAAAUCUAAUGAAUAUGUAACGCUUUUGUAAAUACAAGCAUGCACACAGUAGCAAAGGUAGAAAACUGCUUUGGGUGUUAACCUUGUUUUCUCUUGUGAUACAGUAAAGGAUACGUGUUGAUGGUAA